AUGGCUCCUCCAUGGGUUCAAGAACUCCCUCUCAAUCCUUUGAAUAUUCCAGUCACCAUUAUCAACACAUUCUCCGUUACUCCAUCGAAGCCUAUUCCUGUCAAACCAGGUGACUGUUUAUAUCUUUCAAACCUCGAUGACGUGAUUGGAGCACGCGUCUUCACACCGACGGUUUACUUUUAUCAAUCAGACAAUUCAAGUACGUCUUUCCAAAAACCGGUCGCGGAAAUACUUGGCCGCGCUCUAGCUGACGUUUUGGUUCCCUACUACCCUCUCUCGGGAAGGUUAAGAGAGACGAAAAAUGGUAAACUGGAAGUAUUUUUCGGAGAAGAAGAAGAACAAGGAGCGUUAAUGGUUGAAGCAAGAUCAAACAUAGCUUUAUCUGAACUAGGUGAUUUUGCUGCUCCAAAUCCAUCUUGGGAACCAUUGAUAUUCAAAUUUCCAAAUGAAGAACAAUACAAAGUGUUGGAAAUGCCACUUGUUAUAGCUCAGGUAACAAUCUUCACAUGUGGUGGAUUUAGCCUCGGUUUACGCCUUUGUCAUUGUAUCUGUGAUGGAAUGGGAGCUAUGCAGUUUCUAGGAGCAUGGGCUGCAACAGCAAAAACAGGAAAAUUGGUUACAGAACCUGAACCUUGUUGGAACAGAGAGAUUUUCAAGCCACGUGAUCCACCAGAAGUGAAAUUUCCACAUAUGGAGUUCAUGAGAAUUGAUGAAGGAUCAAACUUAACAAUGAAACUUUGGAAAACAAAGCCCGUUCAGAAGUGUUAUCGCAUAAGACGCGAGUUUCAAAACCAGUUGAAAUCACUUGCUCAACCAUUUGAUUCUGCUGGUUGCACUACAUUUGAUGCAAUGGCUGCACAUAUUUGGAGAUCAUGGGUUAAAGCUCUUGAUGUUAAGCCGCAAGAUUACGAAUUAAGGUUAACAUUUUCAGUUAAUGCUAGACAGAAGCUUAAAAAUCCACCAUUGAAAGAAGGGUUUUAUGGUAAUGUGGUUUGUAUUGCUUGCACAACAAGUAAGGUUUCUGAUCUUGUGAAUGGAAAAUUACCAGAGACUACCCUUUUGGUUCGUGAAGCUCGACAAAGUGUAACAGAGGAAUAUUUGAGAUCAACUGUUGAUUAUGUUGAAGUUGAUAGGCCAAAGCAACUUGAGUUUGGUGGUAAACUUACAAUUACUCAAUGGACAAGAUUUUCUAUUUAUAAUUGUUCUGAUUUUGGAUGGGGUAAGCCAAUUUAUGCUGGUCCUAUUGAUUUAACACCUACACCUCAAGUUUGUGUAUUUUUACCUGAAGGAGAAGGCGAUUCUAGUGGUGGUUCUAUGAUUGUUUGCAUUUGCUUGCCUGAAUCUGCUGCGAACAAGUUUACACAAGCCUUACUUAUUGAUUCAGUGUUGUUGACAUAGACUUUGUGAUGAUUCAACACGACGAGACUUUAAUUCAUGCUCCAAGUAGAUUUAAUUCUUAAUGUCGUCAAUAAACUAUCAACAUUGAUGUGUUUAGACUUAAAUUUUUACAUAUAAUUGUU